AUGUCCGGCAAAAUUCUCUGGGGAAGGUGGCUCGGUGUCACGACCAUCCUCAUGGGUGUCGGGUACACGCUCUUGAAGGUGGCGACGCCGACCGAGGAGGAGUUCUACAAUUCCCUCUCGCCAGACCUUAAGAGGAAGGUGGACGAAGUUAGGGCACAGCGCGCCGCUCUCGAGAAUAGCAAGACCGUCCAGGCCAAACUUGAGGCCGCGAGCGACGACGGCAAGGAUCCGUACUUCUAA